GCUACUUGACUCUGCCGCCUACCCCCACUCCCUUCUUGUCUCACAAGCCGAUCCUUGUGCCUGUCAUGUCCUCCGACUACGAGAUUUCAGACGAUGAGAACUACUCCUACGAGGAGGAAGAGGAGGAGGACGAGAUGGAGGUCGAGGACUACGACGAUGGGUCCGCUUCCGAGAUUGAGGUAGAUGGUAUUGGAGACGACUUCAAGGUGCCGGGCGGGAGCGAGCGGAAGGUAUACGAGGUCGACUACAUGUCCCUGAGUCAGCCCGACGUAGAGAAGAUUAUGGCUACGGAUGUAAACUACAUUAGCGGCAUCUUUGGCGUCGAGCCUGCUGUCGCAGCGCAGCUCUUGCGCCACAUGAACUGGAACAAGGAGAAACUUACCGACAAGUACAUGGACAACGCCUCGCAGGUUUCGGUUGCGGCUGGCGUGGAGCUCCCCCCUCGCGAACCCACCCCACCACCCCCGAAGGCGUCUUCGAGUCGUCAGUCGUCUACCGGGCCUACUCGGACGGCCCGGCGCUCCGUCGCGGAGACCUCGAAGACGUCGAAGUCGACUAAGCGCGUAGCGUCCCCUGCUGCUGGGGUACAGUCUUUCGUCUGCCCCAUUUGCUUCGAUGACAGCCAGACAGAGACGAUGGCGCUCAUGUGCGAGCACAGGUUCUGCUCAUCGUGUUGGAAGGAGUACAUCACAAGCAAGGUGCGCACCGAGGCUGAGUGCACCAUCACCUGCAUGGCCGAGGAUUGCAACAUCGUCGCGCUUGAUCCCUUGGUCAAGAAAGCCCUCACGGAUGACAUGGAGACCUGGGAGCGCUACCAGGAGCUGCUUGUGCGUCAGUUCGUGUCGUGUAUCCCCCACCUCAAGUUCUGUCCCUACCCGUCCUGCACAAACACCGUUUCGUGCGUGUCCGCGGCGACGAAGUCCUCGCUGUUGACGAUGGUCCCGAUCGUCGCUUGCUCGAUACCCACGCACGUGUUCUGCUUCGGCUGCCCCAUCGACGCCGACCACCGACCGGUCAUCUGCGCCGUCGCGAAGAUGUGGCUGCAGAAGUGCAGAGACGACAGCGAGACGGCAAACUGGAUCAAGAGCAACACCAAGGAGUGUAGCAAGUGUCAGAGCACGAUUGAGAAGAACGGCGGGUGCAACCACAUGACAUGCAAGAAGUGCAAGUAUGAGUUUUGCUGGGUCUGCAUGGGUCCCUGGUCUGAGCACGGCACGUCGUGGUACUCCUGCAACCGAUACGACGAGAAGGCGAGCGUGGAUGCGCGUGACGCCCAGGCGCGAAGCCGGGCCUCUCUAGAACGAUACCUACACUACUACAAUCGCUGGGCGAAUCACGAGCAAUCCGCAAAGCUCUCGAUGGAGCUGUACGCUAAGACAGAGAAGAAGAUGGAGGAGAUGCAGAUCACUUCGGAGUUGACUUGGAUCCAGGUUCAGUUCAUGAAGAAGGCUGUCGAUGUUGUCUUCAAGUGCCGAAUGACCCUUAAGUGGACGUAUGCGAUGGCUUACUACCUCUCGUUGGGCAACGAGAAGGAGCUUUUCGAGGAUAAUCAACGCGAUCUGGAGAGAGCAGUCGAGGAGCUUUCAGAGCUCAUUGAAGCUCCGAUUGACCCGGAGACGAUCAUGGCUCUCCGACAGAAGGUUACCGACAAGACGGUCUAUGUGCAGAAGCGGAAUGAGAUCAUGCUAGAGGACACCGCCAAGGGUUAUCUAGAUGGGCGGUGGUCGUGGAAUGCUACCGUAGAUGGGCUUUGAGUGAGCUUCCACUGCUCUCGUACCGCAUCGCCCCCCCCCCUUCAUAUCGGACUAGACUUUACCUCGUCGUGUUGUCGGGGGCUUCCUCUGUGCUACGCUCGCCGUCCCUACGUUGUCACUGUCCAUGUCCUCGCCCCGUCCUUAUCGCCAUCUGCCUAUGAUCUGUGUUCCGCACUUCCCGUCGCAACGUGUCGCAUUGUAUACUACAACCCCCCACCUCGUUCCUACACGUUCUGUCCUUCCUACAUCCAGGUCAUCGUCAUGAAUCACAAUGUAACGCCAUCUCUCUCUGUUCACGUUGCCUCAAUGCUGUCUCGCACUUUUUACCAUAUCGUGUGCAAUGUAUUAUUCUGUUGAAAUUGAACUGGGACCAAUAUAGAUACAACUCCUAUUUUUAAGCCG